GAGAGAGAGAGAGAGAGCGCUAAGAAAACCCAGAAGCAGAGGUGGGCACAAAAAAUUAUCUCCUCCUCUUCGUCUCAGGCCUCUCACCCAAUAAUCCAAUCAGCACACUAGCAGCUAUGGCCGCUCAUACCAUCCUCUCCUCGACCCCCUCCCGUUCUCCCCUCUGUCUACUCUCAAACCCUAGCCCAUCACCACCAGUCCACACUUCAUUCCACGGCCUCUCACUCAAACUUACUCGUAGAUCUUUAAUUCUUACCGCCGCCACUUCUGCCACCCAACGAAAAUCCUUCACCGUCGUAGCCGCCACCAAGAAAGCCGUCGCCGUCCUCAAGGGCGCCUCCAAUGUGGAAGGCGUCGUCACCCUCUCCCAAGACGAUGGAGGCCCAACAACUGUGAAUGUUCGGGUCACUGGACUGACUCCCGGACUUCAUGGGUUUCAUCUCCAUGAAUUUGGUGAUACAACAAAUGGGUGUAUUUCAACAGGAGCACAUUUCAAUCCCAAUGGUUUGACUCAUGGAGCUCCUGAGGACGAAAUUCGUCAUGCGGGUGACCUGGGAAACAUAGUUGCCAACGCUGAUGGGGUGGCUGAGGCCACAAUCGUGGAUAACCAGAUACCAUUGGAUGGUCCGAACUCAGUCGUCGGAAGAGCCUUAGUGGUUCAUGAGCUUGAGGAUGACCUUGGAAAGGGUGGUCAUGAACUUAGCCUUAGCACCGGGAAUGCUGGUGGACGACUGGCAUGUGGUAAGGAUUAG